AUGCCCCUCCAUCGCGUCUUUCCUCGUCUUAUCCGAUCCUCUAUCCCAUCCAUCACCACUACUACUACCUCGACCCUGUCUUCCCCAGCGAUUCAACGACUCUCCGCAAUCAACACCCACCUCCACCCACCCAUCGCAUCCCCCAUCCGCACCCUCACCACCAUGUCCGUCCCUCAAACCAUGAAGGCCGUUCUGGUCGAGAAGCUCGGCGGCCCCGAGGUCCUCGAAUUCAAGUCCGACCACCCCGUCCCCACGCCCAAGGAAGGCCAAGUCCUCGUGAAGAACAAUAUCUCCGGCAUCAACUACAUCGACACGUACUUCCGCACAGGCCUCUACCCCUCCGCGAAGCCCGAAAUCCUGGGUCGCGAGGGCGCCGGUACCAUCGUCGCAUUGGGUGACGGCCCCAACCCCUACAACUUCCAAGUCGGAGAUCGGGUGGCCUGGCUCAGCACUGGCGGAUAUGCCGAGUACACGGCGGUGCCGAUGGCCAAGACGAUCAAGAUCCCCGAGGGGAUCACGGACGAGAACCUGAUGGCGUCAUUCCUGAGUGGGUUGACGGUUCUCACGUUGGCGAAGGAGACGUAUCCCGUGCAGAAGGAUGAGUGGGUGUUGGUGCAUGCUGCGGCUGGCGGGGCGGGAACCCUGAUGACGCAGGUGCUGAAGUCCAUUGGUGCGAAGGUCAUCGGAACGGCUGGUGGCCCUGAGAAGUGCCAGCUGGCGAAGAGUCUGGGUGCUGAUGUGGUGAUUGAUUACCGCAGCGAGGAGGGCAAGGAUUGGGUGAAGCAGGUGAAGGAGAUUACGGGUGGUAAGGGAGUUGAUGUUGUUUUCGAUUCGGUUGGCAAGGAUACUUGGGAGGGAAGCUUGGAGAGCGUUAAGCGCAAGGGUACUAUUGUUUGGUUUGGCAAUGCUAGUGGUCCGGUGCCGCCUUUGCCUUUGCAGAAACUCUCCCCCAAGUGUGUCAAGGUCGCUCGGCCUCAGCUCUUCGGCUACAUUGAGACUCGCGAGGAGUUCGAGUUCUACGUCAAUGAGCUGUUCUCGCUUCUCCUGUCUAACAAGCUCAAGGCCAAGGUUCACAAGGUGUACCCCUUGGAGGAGGUUGCCCAGGCUCACACUGAUCUGGAGGGUAGAAAGACCACCGGCAAGUCGAUGCUGAAGCCUUGA